UCCUGUCAUAGGGAGCUCUAGGGCCUGGCCCAGCUGGCUCCUGCUUGCACUUAAAGAGGGGCUGAGAAGCACCUGGUGACAUAUGGGAACAAGGCAGGGCCGUGGUGACAGACCCCCUGAAAAGAGGCUAUGCUGGAUCUCAUCAUCCUCAGCCUUCAUUUCUUCAUCUGCUUUCUAAUCUCCAUUGCAAUCUGGUGUGGACCAAAGGAUGUGGAUUUGCACAGCUCAAGAACAGGAGGAGCUGAAACAGAGCCAGAUGGUCUUAUAUUUAUUGGCAAAGAAGAGGACAUACAGAAGUCCCAAAGAAUAACAGCCAAAAUCGAUGGCAGAGAAAUUGUUGUUUUCUACCAUGAGGGGAAAUUUCAUGCUCUGGAUUCUCGCUGCUAUCAUGAAGGAGGCCCUUUAUGUCGUGGAGAAAUAGAGGAUAUCGAUGGACAGGCGUGUAUUGUUUGUCCUUGGCAUAAGUUUAAGAUUACCUUGGAAACAGGAGAAGGAUUGUAUGAAGGAAUAAAUCCUCUGGAACCAACACCAACACCAAAGUGGCAAUCAAAAGGAGUGAAACAAAGGAUUCAUAAGGUCACAAUAGACAAUGGAAAUGUUUAUCAAAGAGCAAAGCCUUCAACAUGUUAAAGUUGCUACCUUUAAAAAAAUACAUGGACUAUUCUGAGCUUUGAAGUGCUAGACUAUGCACCAAAUCUGGAAAUUUAAAUAUUUAAUGUCCUGUAGUUGAAUAUUCUUAUCUUGCCAGCCCUUUCUAGGUUCCUAGUUAUACUGGUAAGAGUGCAUGAAGCACAGGGAGGGAGACGAGGAGUGGUUACAUCAAGGCAGUGAUGCUAAGGAGGCUUUUAAGGCACAAUGAAGAGAGGAAGCAAUGAGAAGCUGUGGGGGUCAGUGGGUCAGUGGCUGGAUAAUUACCGUGUUAAUGACAGCGAUCAACAAGUCAUUCCCAUAGAGUGUUUUGUUUGUUUGCAGGGAGGGAGGUUUAGUUUAACUUGACAAAUGAGCAAAUGCCACCUGUUUUUCAUCACAGAUCAGCCAGGCAGGGACCAGAGAAAUACAUCCUAUGCUUUGGCAUGAAAAUUUUGUGAUGAUUCUGCAAGACAUUCAGGCUCUAUAACGAGCAAGCAGCUUGAAGACAAUAAAUAAUUUACGUUUAUGCUGUUAUGGAAACAUGUGUUUGAGAAAGAGAGGUGAAAACUAUGUAGCAGUUUGAAGUGCAGCAUGAAUCUUGACCUGAUGUACCUGCGCUGCGAACUUUGAUUAGACAGUGUUGAUUGUAAGGCUGGGUGCAGUCCUUUUCCUUCAGUUUGUAGUGCCUUGUUUUGCAAUGCUCCCCUGGCUGCACUCAGUGUUGCUUAUUAAAUUAAGGACCCCUUCAAUGUAAAACUUGCUAUUAAGCUGGAACUGAGAAGUUCAUUAUGGAGCAUAUUGGAGGAGAGCAGUUUGCAGGAUGACAGAUCACAGGGAGGGAAAAAUGUUCGUUCUGUAGGAAAGCGAUGUUAAAAACAGUGUUACAGUGUGGAAGCCCUUUUCAAUAGCUUUGUGCAGUUCCUAAUUUCGUACUUGGAAUGCAAUCAGUUAUGAAUUUUGCAUCUCUGGUUUCUGAAAUGAUCAGAAGGAUCUCGUGUGCUUCCCUUGCUGGUGGUACACAUAUGGACUGUGAGAGUCAGUGCUCACUGACCUCCACCACUCUGGCUUGGCAGCUGCUUUCCAAGGGGGAAAGCAGGCGAUGGGGAAGGGAAAUAACAGCAGUGGAGAGGUAUUUCAGCCUCUGUGUGUGUGUGGGGAGGCUGCUCUUUGCUGGCAGAGCCGCGCGAGAGCUGCAGACACAGCAGAGCGGACCCCUGGGGUCUUCCCCACUCUGGCUGCACCUGAAGUGUCUGGGGUCCAUGGUUUUCAUGGUCCGUGGGCCAGCAAAUUCAGUCAGCUCCAUCAGGAGGUGAGCAGGCACCAUGCUGGGAGAGAAAGGAGGAGUCAGUGAGGCUUAAGGGGGUGUGGUAAAUUGGGUCAGCUCUUCAAACUCUUUUCUGCAAACGCUGUUUUUGAUGCGGCAUUUAUUCAUGCAAACCCAUGGAUUUCAAUACGUGAAUUUUUUAGCUGAAUGAAGAAUUGAGCACAGUUUUCAGCCUCUGCCAUCCGUAAAUUAUUGAAGUAGACUAAAAAUGAAAGUGACAGUUUUGCCUGUAGGUAAAAUAUUGGAAAAUCAGUGCAGAUGUCCUAAUUAGCCCAUUUGUGACUCUUCCUCCAUGAGAUGAAGACAGUUCCUUGACAAAGGUAGUUGUGAUGCUUGAACAGUGGAAUUGUUCUCCUGAGAGAUGUCAGAGAGGUAUGGUUUAUUACUUCAAACCGUAGUAGUUAAAAAUCCAAGGCUUAUAAAAGAAAGACAAUUCCAGGAAUAAUUAUUCUACUUGAAAGUAAAAAUAUGUGUUAUCUUGUUAAAAGAAACAAGCAAAAAGUUAUAAUUCGUAUAACUGUUCAAAUUACAAUUAAUUUUUGCUACAGCUCUGAGCUGAGGACCCAGAUAGUGCAGAAAUUACCAGUAAAGGUGAUCCCUCUUUAUUAAGACAAUCACUGUGGUGGAAAAAGUGGUAAAGUUUUUGCCCCUACCGAAGUAGGUCCGUUGCACCUGAAGAUUUUCUGAUGUUUUUAAUGUAUGUGAGUUGUUUAAUGAAAGGUAUCGCCU